GGUGCAGAGCAGCCUCUCCUGGUCUACUGCAUUAGGUGGAGCUUGAAUUCCUCCUCCUCCUCCUCCAAACCCAUUUUGAUAAGACAGCUUCCAUCUGGUCAUUUCUCACAGUCUGUGUGUGUUUUAUUACUCAACAAAAGCAAACAGACAAUCUCCCUAUCCUGCUGGAUCCUAUCUGGACAAAGGAGGAGAACAAGAAAGAGGAGAAGAACCUGUUGUGGGGGCUACAUCUGCUGCUCCACAGACAGCCAUGGAUGGGGAGCAGUGUGUGUGUCCUGAGUAAGACCUCCUCCCUUUUCAGCUGAACGCUGUCUGUGCGAAGGCUCCUUCCAGCCACACAAUGGCUAAACAAUACGAUGUGCUGUUCAGGCUGCUUCUGAUAGGAGACUCUGGGGUUGGCAAGACAUGUUUGCUGUGCAGAUUCACAGACAACGAGUUCCAUCCUUCACACAUCUCUACAAUAGGGGUUGAUUUUAAAAUGAAGACAAUAGACGUUGAUGGCAUCAAAGUUCGAAUACAGAUCUGGGACACGGCUGGACAAGAACGAUACCAGACCAUAACUAAACAGUACUACAGGCGAGCCCAGGGAAUAUUUCUAGUGUACGAUAUAACGAGCGAGCGCUCCUACCAGCAUAUAAUGAAAUGGGCCAGCGACGUAGACGAGUACGCGCCAGACGGAGUUCAAAAGAUUCUGAUCGGAAAUAAGGCUGAUGAGGAACAGAAAAGGCAAGUCGGGAGAAAUCAAGGGAUGAAGCUUGCAGAAGAGUACGGCAUGGACUUCUUCGAGACAAGCGCCUGCACCAACAUCAACAUUAAAGAGUCAUUUACACGACUGACUGAACUGGUGCUUUUGGCUCAUAAGAAGGAGUUGGAUGGCUUGCGUGUCUCUUCCACCAAUGAACUGAAUCUAGCCGAACUGGAAGAGGACACCAACAAACAGGACGGGACGACAGCCUCCAAAUCCUGUUGGUGCUAGAAGUGCCCUUUGUAGAGGAUGUAUGUAAAGGUUUAUCCGUGAAAGGAGGUCAUUAAGGAGCGCUCCAUAGGUGUAAACUAUCAUGGAACCAGUUAAUGUUGAUGGAACCUUCGGUUCCUACGUUACCAGAAUUUUUCAAGUGCUGGAAUUCUAUUACCUGUCGUUGGUUGACCAGUCAUUUUAUCUCCAAGUCCUACCUAGAUCUACGAGAUUAAACAAUUUACUUUUGAAUUAGUGAUUAAACCCAGCUAUGAUUGUGAAAUAAA